AUGAGAUCAUCUGUAAUUCUUGGCGUCUGUCGCCUAAUCCUCCUUGCACCAUUACUGUCAAGCACGACGUCAGCAGCGGAUAACCGAACAUGUUAUAUGGUCGACGAAAAGACAGUCGCGGUCGACGACGUUCCCUGCACGACCAAAGAGACCACCCAUUGCUGUAACAAAAAUGACAUCUGCAUGUCAAACGGUCUCUGUUGGGUCCAAAGUACUGGCGAUAUGGUUCUAUCACGAGGCAGUUGCACCGAUAUAAACUGGACUGGUGAUUGCGUAGCUGCAAGACCAUGUGCCCGCGCGAAUCCGUCAUCCGGAUACCCCGUUGUCAACGCCGAUAUCGCCAACCACCAGUUUUGCUGCGGCUCGGUCGUCAGCUCCUCCGCGUCUGAUGGAAUCAAGUGCUCGGGUGAUGGGCCAUUCGCUGUCCCCACUGGCACCGUUAUUCCGGGUGUCGCCGCAUUGGCAUCCGUGGCCUCGACAUCUGUUCCUAGCUCUAGCGCCACUCAUUCCACUAGUAAUAGUAACGACACAUCAUCAUCAUCAUCAUCAGAGAAACCGGAGAAAUCCGACGAUCAGUCAACCAAGCUAGCUAUCGGUUUGGGACUUGGUCUCCCACUGGGUAUCAUUGCGGCCACUGCGUUGAUUUGGGGCGCCUGGGAGAGAAAGAAGACCGUAACUGCCAGAAGGGAAAUGGAUCAGUUGAAGGCUGCGAUGUACCAGAAUUAUCAGUACGCCCCGGUGCCACAAAUGCAGGCUCCACCCCCCGUCGAGAUGGGCCAUAACGAGCAUAGUGUUGCGGCGGAGUUGCCGCCUGGGGGCUACAACAAGUGAUGAAAUCACGCACAUUCGCAACUACAUUUGAUAAUAGCAAGGCGUCAGUUUAGAAAUGAUACGCGCACUCCGAGCAGAAUCGCAUAAUGGAACACCGUCGGCAUUGCCUCAGUCAAGGUCCAUACAGCGCUUCCUGUAGAAAGAAAGGAUUCAGCGAGGCUUAGCCCGUCAAACCUCGC